UUGACAACCAGAAUUUCUGCUAUCUAUCAAAAGUGCUAGUAUUUUCUUCCGCACGAGUUUUCUUUUCUUGAAAAUCAAUAAGAAUUCUUUUAUUAUUUUUAACUAAAAAUAAUUCUAUAAAAGAACUUCUUUAGACUUCCCAGAAAACUAGAUUAAACAACUGCAAAAAUGUUCCGCAUGCCACCACAAGUUGAUCCAGCUGAAGAGCAAAAACGCGUUCGUGAUAAUGUUCGAACAAAUUUUCUCUUAUUUGGUGUCCUUUGCGCUGCUAUUCGAGUAGCUCCAUUUUUGCUGGACAAAGUUCGUACCGCAUAGCAUGAUAUCUUUACCAUUCCUUUGAUGAGUGGUUUUAAAUUUUUAGUUUCUAGUGUUAAAAAAUAAAAAAUCUUUUUUUAAAAAGGAAAUUUAAUGAAAAGGAAGUUAGAAGAAUGUUCACUUAAAAGUCGAUUGAAUGGCAUUUAAAAUUAUCUUGUGUUCAGUUUGGUUUCGUCGUCGACUUAAGGUGAAUAUGGAUUCUUUACAUACUUUUGUUGCUGGUUGUUAAGAAGCUUUAAUAAAAUGUCUUAAAAUCCAGUUUUAUACCAAAAA